CAUGAACUGAAAAUGUUCGGCUUCUUCCUUCGUGUGUAAAAAAAAGCUGCGGAGCUUCAUGUCUAUUGGCUGAACUCACUCUGACGUCGCUGAAACUUUAACAGGAAGUCAAGGGAUUUUUACCUUCACAAUAAAAGCAAACAUUUGGGCACAUUUUUUCCCACAUUUAUAUAAUACGUUUAAAAGAAUUUAUAUACCUAUAAUGUAGUAAUUCGUAAAUUAUUUUAAAUAUAAACAACCUCCUUAUAUUUUUCGUUUACUGAAAAAGAUCAUAAAGAAUGAAUUACGCAUCUCCUCCGUGGUGAUUUUUUCUCGUUUAAUUUUGAAGUUCCUCCAGCGGAAGUGUCGUGUUGUUGUUCCGGUGCCUUGACAGUGUCAGUGUGGCAGCUUAGAGUCUAGAGUGAACAACAACCCGGAGAAAGAAAAGUGUCCCGUCACUGCCGCUGUUUCUCUUCCUCCUAUUUUUAAUCGUUUCCUUGUUUCUCUCUGAUUUUAUUCUUCCUCCGGACACAGAGGACUCUCUCCCGUCCUCCCCCCGCCUUUUACCCCUCUCUGUCCCUCCAGGCCCGGACUCGGUGGGUGUGUCGAUGCGGGCCAGCCGAGCCGCGUCGCAGCCUGAAAAAAGCGGAAAAAGUUAAGGAUGAGUUCAGUGUGAAUCCGGGGACACGAACCUAGUCCGGGAUGGCAGUCUGGACCCGAGCGGAUAAGAACGGUCAACUCGACCUUCUACUGCGAGACCGCUGGACCCGAGUGUUCGCCGAGCUGAGCCGGGAGACUCUGACUCUGACGGCGGAGGCGGACGCGGCCGCAGCGGUGGCAUCGAACCACCACAACCAGCAUUGGACCGAUGGCGGCUCCCCCGCGGGCCUACGAAACGGUAUGUCCAACGGGAACGAGCCCGGAUCAAGUCCGGGGAACCGAGAGAAUCCCGGUCGCUCAGUCGGUGUCAGCCGGGGACAGUACGACGGAAGUUUCAGCGUCAACAGUCCUGGAAAGUACCAGAACAACGGCACUAACUCCGAACUGAGCUACGGAAGCCCCGGUUCCAGCUUCGGGUCCAAACACGCAGACUUCCCCGCGGACGGCUCCUCGGAGGCGGUGCGGAAAGUGCGUGUGGUGAAGCAGGAGUCCGGCGGGCUGGGGAUCAGCAUUAAGGGCGGCCGGGAGAACCGAAUGCCCAUCCUCAUCUCCAAGAUCUUCCCCGGACUGGCUGCGGACCAGAGCCGCGCUCUGCGGGUCGGCGACGCGAUUCUGUCCGUGAACGGUAACGACCUGCGGGAGGCGACCCACGACCUGGCGGUACAGGCUCUGAAGAAGGCCGGCAAGGAGGUGACCCUGGAAGNCAAGUACAUCCGUGAGGUUUCCCCCCUCUUCAAGAAACCGUCUCUGGUGGCCGACCUCCCGUGGGACGGCCUCCGACCUCAGUCUCCCAGCUACAGCGGCAGCGAUGACUCAGGUUCUCCCAAACAUGGAGCGUCCUCCAAGGACAGGAAGGUGAUCAGUCUGAGGAUGAGCUUGACCAUGCCUGACCUGGAGAACAGACUCCUGGAGCUCCACUCUCCUGACGGCCAGCACACGGUGGUGCUGCGUUGUAAAGACGCGUCCACGGCUAACUCCUGGUUUACUGCCAUCCACACUAACGUGGCAGCCCUGCUGCCGCAGACCCUGGCCCACAUCAACGCCUACCUGGGAGUGUCCUCCCCCACCUCCAGCCACCCACACCUCAAACACAUCGGCUGGUUGGCUGAGCAGGUGCAGCUUGAAGGUGGUCGACAGCAGCACCGCCCGAUGGUGAUGGCCCUCACAGAGAAGGACAUCCUGCUUUUUGAAUCGGUCCCAUGGACCAGAGAGUCCUGGUCUACACCUCUGCUCACUCACCCGCUGUUAGCCACCAGGUUGGUUCACUCUGGCAGUACUCGUGGAUCCCCCUCCCAGGGCUCAGACCUGGUGUUCGCCACUCGGACAGGGACGGGGCGAGGCAUCGAGUCUCACAUCUUCCGUGUAGAGACCCACUGGGACCUGUCCUCCUGGACUCGUGCGCUGGUGCAGGGGGCGCAUGCUGCUGCUGAGAUCAUAAAGGAGGUUUCCAUUGGUUGUACGUUGAACCGUCAGGACGUGCGGCUGACGCUCCACUAUGACAAAGGCUUCACUGUGACCAGAGAGGCAGCCGAUCCAGCAGGGGGUGCUGUCCUCUACAGAUACCCAUACGAGAAGCUCAAAAUGUCGGCUGAUGACGGAAUCCGUAACCUGUACCUGGACUUUGGGGGUCCUGAGGGAGAGAUGGUCUUUGACCUUCACUCUGGACCCAAGCCUGUGGUGUUCGUCCUCCACUCCUUCCUGUCGGCAAAACUCACUCGAAUGGGUCUGCUGACGUGAAGCAACCAAUCACAGCUGUGGACACGCCCAUUCAGCAAAGAGGAGGAGGAGGUAAUAGGUGUCAAAGGGCAGAGGUCACAUUUAAAUUAGUUUAUUCCAGUUUGUCAUUCAGAGCUGGGAUUCAGCAGAAAAGAUAGGACCAGUUGGUAACACCUUACCACCAGGGGGCGACUCCUGUAGCCACCACUUCUU